UUCUUGUUUGAUCUGCUGCUAUUUGAGCUUGGAAAUGCCGAAAACCUGCUGUGCUGUUGGAUGUAGCAAUAGACGAGGCGAUAAACCAAAUCUUAGCUUCGGAUCGCGGCCUCAACUUCCGCCGGCGUGUACAGGAAGUGACGCCAGACAAGGAAGUAGCUGUCGUAUCCGGUCGACGGCAAGUGAUUAGCAAUGGAGAGAAAGAACUCGAACUACAACUUAUCCUAACAAGUACCUGGUGUAGGAAAACAAAAGCACCACGUUUGUUUAUCAAUGAAGUCGAGCCGUGUUGGACUGAAAUGUCGCCUCAAAUGACUCUCAGAUGACUUUCUAAUGGCUUGGACACCUGUGAAUUGAACUGUGUAUGUUUAUUACUGUAGGUAGACAUCAUUAACAUGAACAACAAGUUAUUGUUAAGUAUGUUUUAUUACAUUACACUACACAUUAUUUACAUUACACGUUCAGUUCUGUAACACUAUAAACAAUUGACAAUGUCCCUGGGUGAACAAUCACAGAAGUGGUUUCCAACUCAUGUCCAAGCCACUGUUCUUCAAGCUUCGGGUUUACAGCCCAAAGGCAAAAAUGGCACCAAUGAUGCGUACACUAUCAUCCAGCUGGGGAAGGAAAAGUACUCAACAUCAGUGGCGGAGAAGACACUCAACCCUGUCUGGAAAGAAGAAGCUUCGUUUGAAUUACCAGGGUUACUUUUGGAUGGCAACCCGGAAGUGUAUGAACUGUGCUUCAUUGUUAUGCAUCGGUCAUUGGUCGGGCUGGACAAGUUCCUCGGUCAGAGGACCGUCAAUCUCAAUGAAGCGUUUGACGACAAGGAAAAACAGAAAACAGACUGGUAUAUCCUGAACUCCAAGCCAUCAAAGAAAAAAAAAGAGCGAGGACGUAUCCAAGUCAACAUCAAGUUUAUGCGGAACAACAUGACAGCCAGUAUGUUUGACUUAUCCAUGAAGGAAAAGCCCCGCUCACCUUUCUCUAAACUUAGGGGGAAGAUGAAGGGUCGAAAACAUGACAGUGGUUUAGGUGACACUUCGUCAGCCAUCUUGCCUCACUCUGCAGUUUACAACUCCGAACUCAAUCAUCAUAUACCAAAAGCCAAAACUGAUACCAAGCCUAAGAAAUCGCUGCUCUCUGGGGCCCAUAAACUCUCUGCUGCCCAUUCCAUGUCAGAUCUCAUUGGUACCCACUCUCGCCCCAAACUGGACUCCAUGAACUCCAUAGAGGAAAGCGCUGGUCCUCACAGGCGUUCCCAGAGCGAGGUACCAGGCCUCGAAGACAACGAGGCACACGGUGACCCUUUCACUGAUAUCAGUGACACCCUGCCACAGAAGUAUGCCACGCUCCCACGCAACCGCAACCCUUUUGAGGGGGAGCAAGGGCAGCUGUGGGACCGGGCUGAGCGGAAAGAGAAAAAGGAGAAGGUCAGCCUACUAGAACGCAUGACUGGAAAGAAGGACGGCCGCAAGACUAGCAAUGGGGGUCGCUCUGGCAGCUCUGGAGACCCCAACCCUUUUAGUGGCAAUUCACAAGUGUACACUAACCCUUUCAGCUCCACCUACAAAACAAGUGACAAAAAGGCAGUUGGAAAUGAAGUCACAACCCCAGGCCAAAGGAGCAGCAACAUCGACGGCAUGAAAAAUGCAACAACACAAGGAAAUAUGGCACCCUAUAGAAACAUGUCUUUUGAGGAAGUGGUGCAGGAACUUAUCAAGCAUAAAGAAGUGGUAAAAAAGAAAGAUGCCCAUAUCAGGGAGCUGGAAGAUUACAUAGAUGACCUGCUGGUACGUGUCAUGGAGGAGACGCCAAGCAUACUGCGAACACCCUAUGAACCCAAGAAAAAGGCUGGUAAACUGGGUAAGAAGUAGAUGAAGGAGCGACACAGGCAAUAGACUUUGGCAGUUGGUUGUGCAUCAUAUGGUGAAUUAGGCUUGAUUAACUUAAAUGAAACUAUUAUACUGUGGUCAUGGUUCCUUCUUCAAAUCAGAUAUUUCCAGUUAUAAAUUGUUUAAAGCUACCAAUGCUAUAUGCAUUUGCGAUACUUAUAAUGAUUUAAUUGAACACAUAACACAUGGCUCCAAUUAAGUUUUGUUGUUUGCACUUGUUGCACACGUAGCCUCUAUCAUUUUCCCAGAAUCUCUUCAAGUAUGAAAAAAGCCAAAUUUGUGUUUACUAGAUGCUGUAUAAACAAAUUCAUAUCGUUUAUUAAAAGGUGAUUGUGAUAAAUGAGUAUGUAACACUUGCGUUUACGCUGAAGCGCACGUCUUAAAUCCACCACAUGUAGUCCAGACAGUAACCGUUUACUCCCGAGUUGCUUCCUCGUAUUUUUUGCUUAUUUUAAAUGAACAAUUUUAACAUUCCUAGCCUUAAUUCCAGGGUUGUUUACUUUUAAGUGUGAAGACUAUCAUUCACGACCAUUAUCUCUUUUUUUGUGGAGAAUGAUUUUACUUAUAUGAAGUGCAAUAAUCAUCUUUUAUGCAUCUUGCUUUAUAUUAUGCUGGUAAACUUGUUUUCUUUUUUAGCAUGUUUUUGAGUUCAUCUCACCAUUUUCAUUAUUCUGAUGAAUAUACAGUUUGUUCAAUUUUUACCAGCGUUCAUCUCCAAUUCAGUGCAACUUACUGAUGUGAUUGUAUUCAUGUUACCUACCAUAGUUUACCUUUUACUUUACUUACUAGAUGCUGACACUGCUCUGUUACAUUUGAAUACUAAUUGUAUAUAUUGCUAAGCUGGGAUGCUACUGUAUCUGCACACCCUGACCUUGUCAAUGACACUGCUGUUUUAACACUGGUACAAAAUGCCUGCUAUAAGAAGCGAUAUGGCAAUAUACAUAAUGAAUCUUUUUGCGUUUAAAUGCUUCUUUUUUUUGGAAAGUACUGUAGUACAGUAUGUGACAGCACUUUUCUUUCUCUGUGUCUCUUUAGAAGAGUCCAAAGCAAAUCAAUUAUUUAAUCAUGGAUUUCCUACAUAGUCUGUUAACACUAAAUUAUUACUAUGAACUUGUUUGACUUUGUGAUGUCAUCUCAUCUUGAUGUGAGUGAGGUGCAAAAGGCAGCUGUUGAAUCACACUGCUGGUACUGACAUUAACAAAACAGUUAACUUACCAUAUUUUCUUAAAUCACCUGUGCUAUGUGUUGAAAAGUUAUCUUUAGGUUUACUUUUUAUUAUUUUGAGAGAAAGCAGCUGCAUCCUACAGUGUUAAAGCCUGUGUUAUUCCUAUUGUGACUGUCUUACAUCCAAAGUUACGUAUGAGCAGUUUAUUAACCCUCUGCUGUAAAUGGUAUCAUCAUUCCUGAUUCUUGUUCAACCACUUUGACCUUUUAUGAUACAAAAUGAUCAGGGAAAUCACUUGAUUAAUUACCCUUGCUGCCAUUAAGUAGUUAUUUUGCCAGAAGUUACGUGGUUUUGUACCUAAAGCCAAACUUUUUUCUCGAGAAUGUAUUUUGGUUGGAAUCCAAGAUUGUUUCAUGUGUAAAGAUGUCAAACCAACAAGGUCAUUGACCCUUCCUUGCCUUUCUGUUAUGUCACAGUUCCAAAGAAAUAAUUUAAUCUAAUAAAUUUGUUUUUUUACCUCCACAACUUUUGGACAGGCAAAGAAGACGCUUACAGCUAUGUGGCAUGUUUAUACUCCAGGUGUAAUGAAGGAACAUUUUGUGAGUAGAUUAGUCCAUUUUUGCAUGAAUACUGUACUAGUUAUGUAGAUAAAAAUCAGUUUUUCCUUUCUGGAAAUCUUAUCACUGAUUGCCUUCUAACAUGUGCUUAAGUGUGACCUUACUGGCGUUACAUUCUUGACCAACUGCUUUUGAAAGUGUAUUUGGUAGCUGGUUAAAAGGAACUUAUGUUGGUUUGUAACCAUCCUUGUCUACCCUCAAAAUGUUCACCUAUGUCGUUUCUUGUAAAUUUUUAUUUAAAAAAAAAAAAGGUAGAGCAGCAAUGUAAGAGGGAAAUAGUGCAACACAUCGGCCAGCAGUAGACAGGAAGAAGUAGAUUCUAAUGGAAAUGAUGGUGGAAAAAGAUCCGAAUUUGUCUUUUUUCAGAAAUAAUCCUUAUUUUCAAGUGCAAAUGUUGACAGGUAUGAUUAUAAUCAAACACUCGUUGAAAUAAUAGUCUAUCUGUGUUGUUGGGCUUGAAAAUAUUUGAAAAUAUUUUCUUUGGCGAUUUACAAGUGCACAUUUUUAUUAUAGAAUUGAAGAGGGAAACUUGCUACUCAGGAACUGACAUUGUUCUCCAACUAGGGCGCUUUCACAGCCAAAUAUGAUCUUGUAAACCUAAUAAAUCAAUAGAGUUCUAUCAGCGUGAUAUAAAACACCAUAUAAUUUAUGCUCAUUCCCACCAGGUGCCUGCAGAGUGGAGCAUAUCUUACUAAAAUGAUGAACUAGUAACAUUAAAGAUGAGAUGCAUUUAACAUAUUUCCACCCUAAGGAGAUUUAAUUCACACAAACACAAAAAAGAUGAGUGAUUUGUGGAAUUUAACUGUGCUUUUUGUGUUGUCUUUUAGCUUCAUUGCAACAUUUGCAUUAUGUUGUCAUAUAAUUUGGUUCUUUGGUAGUUGUCUGACAGCAACAUGUAAAUCUAAAACGAAAAGCAUUUUCAAAUCAUUUUUCAAGCACAAAAGUGAAAGGGAAGUGACUAUCCUCAUUAUACUUCUUUGCUGCCUCUUUGCAUAAUGUUUAUCAUUCAGUCAAUGCUGCUGUUUGAAUAUGCAAAGCACUGAAUACGCUUGAAGGUAAUAUUCCCUACAAAAUAUGGUUAUGGCCGUCUGUCUGAUUGCUGUGUGGAAUCAUUGUGUGUGAAUAUAUCCCAAAAGGUAAUGUAAAGCUACUGAUUAUUCCCAUAAUUAUUUUCUUGCCGUAUUCUUGCGCUGCAUCGCUUAACAAUGUUUAUAAUGCAUAACAGUUCUAGAAUGAAAUAUGACCGUCGUUGACAAACCAUUACAGUUACGCACAUAAUUAGAUGAGUUCAUCAAAUGGUACUUAAGGGUUCUUAUGAAUGUAUUUAAGGUCUUCCGUUUAGUUCAUUUACAUGCCUUGAAGUGUAAAUGACCAACUAUUUAAUCAGUAUGCUGUCAUCACAUCUGCAUGUUUAUCAUCAACAAUUUUAUACUAUUCACCGUCAUAUUUCCCAAUAAUUUUCUCAAGUAAGUACUAGUAAGUGUUCCUUCUUGAAAGGUUGGAGGUUAACUGACUUAUAUUACAUUAAUAUUUGCCUUCCGUGGCCAGUUUGAGGUUUUUAAACCAGAAUAUUUGGGAGCAAGGUUGUAUUGACUUUCGUGCAAGAAGGAUUUGAUUAUGUUUAAGGUAUAAUUCAGACAUGAUGACUGUACGUCAAGUGCCAAUAAAAACACUCAAACUAAAUAAUGCUUACAUGUGUUUGAUGAUUAAACGAAUGCAAAUAACUUGUUAGUAAUCAUGUUGUAAUUGAAUUCCAAGGGUAAUUUGAAUAUAGCUUGAAAGGCACAAUCAAGACUGUAUUGCCCUUCUGAAUAA